AUACUCUUUUAUUAUUGGAACUAUUAAAAGUUACAAUUGAGUAUCUUUCAUCGGCUUCAUAUCUUACUCUUACUGAUGUCCGAUUUUACUUUAAUGAAAUUCAAAUGAAUCUUGAUUUUUAUAUUGGGCAAAAUAAUUUUACACAAUCUGAAAUUGCUGCUUCUAUCCUUCAGAAAAUUGAAGAAUAUUCAUUAUUAAUGGAUGCAACAUCAGUAAUAUCAACUAUCUUUGUCCUUGUACAAA